AUGGCCAAUGUGGUUUACAUCUCGGGUCCCCCAGGCCCCCCUGGCUCUCCUGGCUCCCUACGGAUGGACACCUUUCAAUUACACUCAGCUCCAACCUCCAACGCAUUAUCGAUCAUUAGACCAGUCACUGGGUCCCUCUCAGGGAAGGUAAAUCUUCCCUGCUUCUUCUCCAUCAUCCCAACCUCAGCACCCGAGAUCAGUCCCAAUGGAACGGCUGUUUAUAGCAGAGAUUACUUACGAAUUAAAUGGACCAAAAUAGUAGGGGAAGUGGAAUCCACAGUGCUGGUGGCACAAAAUGGAGUCAUCAAAAUAGGCUCCAGCUACAGGAAUCGUGUGUCAGUGCCCAGUCACCCUGAGGAUGUGGGUGACGCCUCAUUGACAAUGGUCAAGCUGCGGGCCAGUGAUGCGGGCACUUAUCGGUGUGAGGUCAUGUAUGGAAUUGAGGACACCCACGAUACAGUAAACCUUGAUGUCAAUGGUGUUGUGUUUCACUACCGGGCAAGAACAAGCAGGUACACUUUGGACUACCAGAAGGCUGUCCAAGCUUGCCAAAACAUUGGAGCAACCAUUGCUACAUAUGACCAACUGAAAGCAGCCUAUGAAGACGGCUUUGAUCAAUGUGAUGCCGGUUGGAUUGCAGACAAGACAGUGAGAUACCCAAUUACAAGGCCAAGGAAGGGCUGCUUUGGCAACCUACGGACUAAACCUGGUGUUAGGUCAUAUGGGCAUAGGAAUCCCAGGGACACCUAUGAUGUAUACUGUUACGUGGACAAACUUGAUGGUGAAGUGUACUAUGCCCCUGUGACCCAUAAAAUGACUUUUGAGGAGGCCAGUGCAGAGUGUAAGAAGAUGAAUGCUCUCCUGGCAACCCCUGGCCAGCUUCAUGCUGCCUGGCGACAGGGUCUGGACAGAUGUGACUAUGGCUGGCUUUCCGAUGGCAGUGCACGACACCCUGUUGCAGAACCCAGAGUGCAGUGCGGAGGAGGUCUGCUCGGCGUCAGGACCAUGUACCGCUACAGAAACCAGACAGGCUUCCCAGAACCAACUAUGAAACUCGGAGCUUACUGUUUCAAAGGUAAACUCACUCACAAGAUCAAAGUGAGUAUGACUCCACCUCGCUCCACUCCAGCAGGCCAAGAAGAAGAGUUAAUCACCACAGUUGGACCCACCAUCAAAGAGGAACAUGAAGAUGCUGAUCAUGUAACGGCCGCACCAGUCGUUAAUGUUGACGACUUUGUAAGUGAAAAUGUAACCUAUGUGGAAACCGCUCCCCACCGCGGUGACACAUUUUCAGAACCCCAACACUCAACAGAGAGCACUGAUACCACAGAGUCAGUGGUUAAACUCUUGGAGGAGCCUGACGAUCAGUCAGUAAUUGAGAUCAGCACAAUCCAACCUGAUGUCCCCAUACCAGACGCCUCUCUCAGCACAGAGCCCAUGUUUGCAGAGGGGAAGACCGAGGAAACAAUCGUGGACUCUGGGGUCACCACAGCCAUGACCUCCGACCUCACCGACACUCCAACAGAAUCAACUGAACUUACCAGCGAGGAAGUGUUCAGCCCCUCAGAAUCACCCUCAACCACUGGGCUUUAUUCAACAAAACCAUUCCCAGACUAUGUUGAUGAGCUUGAGACUGAUUUUGGUGUAGAGGGAGUGCCUUCUCAGCCACCCCAAGAUGACUUCUCUUCCAGCCCAUCCGACAGCACUAGUAUAAUUGAUGGAACAACAAUCCCCACAACCAUUCCCACAACUGUUCCCAGUGAAACCACCUUUAUGUGUAACACCCAACCUGGCAGUGAGGUGGAGAUCACCACCACAGGACCGCCAGAGACUACCAGCACUGAGGCACAGACCACACCUCGAACCAAGGAUGUUGAGACCCCGUCUGUCGUCUACAAGGAAGAGAGCACAUCUGCCGCUGCCAUGUCUCUCAUAGAUGUUGGAACCUCAGCUGAAGAUGUGACAUCGCCAACAAGUGAACAUGUCUUUGACGAGUCCACUACUCAGGUGCCAGAGCACAGCAGUGGCUCCUUGACAGAGGACAACACAGCAUCAGAGACGGGCACAGAGUUCUUUACAUCCACUCAUGGGACUUCAGCUGUGGCUGACACAACCACCACUCCAGGUACAGUGGUCGCUGGUGAACAGCCUGUCCAAGUGACCCCUGCCAUGCAGAAUGUAUCAGUUGACCAAGCUCCACAUCCACAAGAUUCUGAGUCUCCUGCCAUAGCAGUUGUGCCUGACCAUCCCACCCCCUCCAUAGCAGAUGGGGAGCCCAUCCUGCAGAGUGGGGACCCAGACCUUUCCUCCCAAGCUGCGGUAACAGUCACUCCAACUGUUAGCUUUUUAAAUGGUAAACAUGAGAUUACACUAGAGCCACUCAGCCCGGAAGAAAAAGAAGCCAAAGAUCUGACAGCAAUACUGACCUCUACAGAGAUCCCAGAUGUUGAUGUUGAUGAGUACAACCCUGACAUAAUUCCACUAGUUGUAUCAACACCUCCUCAGAUAAUCCCUGAAGCAGAUGAGCUGACCACAAAAGGCUACACACAGAAAGACACAACCUCUGUUACAGCCUCAAUGGUAAAGGACACAGAAUCGAAAAGUACACAGAAAAUUAAAGUUGCCAUAGAUGCCACAGAGGGGAUGAGUGAGGUCACAGCUACCUCUGCUGACUUUUUUCCCUCAGUAACACCAGCUGAGCUACAGAUCACCAAAGCAACUAAAGAGACCCAAACCAUGAAGGCUCAUGAGAAAACCACCUCUGUCUUAACCACAACUGUACAAGAAGAGGCAGACGAGUCAGGGAGGACUCCCACAUAUGUUAGAAGUGACUCCAGAGUGACUCAGACAGAGAAAUCUAAGGAUCAACCAUUUGUUACUUCUUCAACUGAACCCUACACAGCCAGUGAUAAAGUUGGCACCACACAGGACACAAAGAGCACAUUUCCAAGUCCAGCUGCUGAAGACAGCACUCAGUCUCUGUUGCAAACUGUAUACACUCCUUCCUCUGAUGACGCUGAUGGGAAAACACCAGUAUCAACAACUAGUGACUCACAGACCUCCACUCAAGAUGAGGAGGGGGGGAAAAAGACCAAGACUGAGAUAACACCGGCUAUAGAUGUAGGCAACACUGAAUCAUCAUCACCUGCAGCACCUACCCUGGCUGAAACUUCAGAGGCUACAGUCAGAAAUGAGCCGGAGCAAAGUUCAGUUUUCAACCCAGCAGAUGACGAGGGCUCAGAUGAGCCGGAGCAAAGUUCAGUUUUCACCCCAGCAGAUGACGAGGGCUCAGAUGAGCCGGAGCAAAGUUCAGUUUUCACCCCAGCAGAUUACGAGGGCUCAGGCAUAAAGGAUGAUGUUAUCAGCAGCGAGCGAACAACGGUGGGAACCAUUCCUUCAUUCAGUGGAUCAGCCAUGAGCCCUGAAACAGCAUCUUUGGGCCUUCACACUACAAAUGAGCCAGAGCAAAGUUCAGUUUUCACCCCAGCAGAUGACGAGGGCUCAGGCAUAAAGGAUGAUGUUAUCAGCAGCGAGCGAACAACGGUGGGAACCAUUCCUUCAUUCAGUGGAUCAACCAUGAGCCCUGAAACAGCAUCUUUGGGCCUUCACACUACCAAUGAGCCGGAGCAAAGUUCAGUUUUCACCCCAGCAGAUGACGAGGGCUCAGAUACAUUUUCAGGGGCAAGUAACACAGAUGUUGCAGGUGAGGAGGGCUCUGGGGGUGAGAUAUCAGAUACCACAACUGCAUCACCUAAGACAGUGACAUCUGAGGGGGGAAAUACUGUAGCCACUUCAGUCUCCCCUCGGUUCAGCACAGAGAAACUCACCACAAUGACCCCAGAGGAUGGAACUCAAACGAGCAAGACAACCACAGAGAUAGAGAGAGCAUCUUUGUCAGAAACAGUUUCACCCCCUACUGAUGGUGCAAAGUCAACCCGAGCACAUGAACCGCCAUCAACUGAAAUGGAAAACACCCAAACAAAUAAGCCAGCUUCACAUUCUCAGGACCCCAACUCAUUGACCCCAACUCACCCUAUAUUUACAAGUCAUGAAGCACUCCAGAUUACAGAGGUAACAACUGUGCCUGCUGCCUCUUCUUCAGUGGGUGAAGCUGUAUCUGCUUCAGUGGAAGAUGGGAUCAUUGAACAGGUUUCAAGUGGUGCAAAGAUUGAACCAUCUCCAAAUACAGAUGUCAAAACAAGACCUUCUCCAGAGAAUAUAUAUGAUGAGAACAUAGAUUAUUCGACUCCAGAUUAUGAAACCACAAACAUCAACAUGAUUGAAUCAGUUCCAAAAAACAAUGAAACUGAGAAAAUAAAUGGAGUAGCAGGGUUCCUUAUUACACCACCUGUUGUUUCACAAACAUCUGAGAGUCAGCCUUUGGAUUUAGUCAGUAGUACUGGAAGUAGCUUAGAAGAAAAGCCAUCCACAUCACCUGUAGUAGCAGUAGCAGCAGCAGCUAUUACUUUGCUGCCUUCUGCCUCAGCUCCCAUCAGUAAAGCUCCCUCUUCUAGUUCUGAGAGUGGUUCAGAAAGCACCAGCAGCUCAGAGGAAAGCAUGUCCACAGUGCGCACUGUUGAGCUGGAUGGCCAUGACAUUGACAACAUCACCUCUGAGCUUGUAUCUGUCACAACUAAGUCACCCUUCAUCCUCAGCACUGGGGUUGAAAGUGGGUCUGGCAGCUCUGACAGUGUGUCUGGGGAAAUGACGACUACAAAGAAACCAAAGAUCCCCAUUAUGGAGGAACAGUCUCUGUCCCCAGAUGAAAUCCAGACUGUAUUCAAGGUAGAUGCUACCACUGCUUCAAAGAUGGAGUCCACAAGUUCUGAUAGCACCUCUGGGAAAGAGGAAGUUCUGGGAAAAAUUCAAACUGAAAUACCCACAAGGACCCUUAUACAGUUCACAACAAUGACACCUGCUCAAGCACAAAGCCAGCCAGUCUUAGUUGUAUCCGCAGCAACCACUCCAUCAUCUUUUUCUGACGAGAAUGACAAACCGGGCAGUGAAAUACCGGUCAUUGAAGGGAAACCACCUCUAAUAGGGGAGGACACAACUGCAAUAGUUGACACAGGACUCGAUUUGGGGCACCCUGUUGUUGGCGAAACUGUUGAUAUUCCAGGACUUUACUCAUGUACAGACAAUAUUUGUCUGAAUGGAGGAUCUUGCUACAAGAGUGGCAGCAUCUAUACAUGUAGCUGUGCUCCUGGUUACAGUGGUGAUCGCUGUGAAACAGAUACAGAUGAAUGCCAAUCAAACCCUUGCCGGAAUGGAGGUACAUGUGUUGAUGGGCUGGCUUGCUUCACAUGUGUGUGCCUCCCAAGCUACUCUGGGCUUUAUUGUGAGGAGGAUACAGAAAUAUGUGAAUAUGGCUGGCACAAGUUUCAGGGCCACUGCUACAAGUACUUCCCCCACAGAAGAAACUGGGACACAGCAGAAAGAGAGUGUCGCAUGCAGGGGGCUCAUCUCACCAGCAUCCUCUCCCACGAGGAGCAACAGCUUGUCAACCGUCUUGGACAGGACUACCAGUGGAUUGGCCUGACUGAUAAGAUGUUUGACAGUGACUUCCGCUGGACUGAUGGCAGGCCUUUGCAAUAUGAAAACUGGAGGCCCAACCAGCCUGACAGCUUCUUCUCUUCUGGCGAGGAUUGCGUUGUGAUGAUAUGGCAUGAGGAUGGCCAGUGGAACGAUGUUCCUUGCAACUAUCACCUCACCUUCACUUGCAAAAAGGGCACAGUUGCCUGUAAGCAGCCCCCUCUGGUAGAGAAUGCACGUACCUUUGGUAAGAAGCGUGAGAGGUAUGAGAUCAACUCGCUGGUAAGGUACCAGUGCAGGACAGGCUUUAUUCAGAGGCAUGUACCAACUAUCCGUUGUCGAGGGGAUGGACUAUGGGAUAGCCCUAAAAUCUCCUGCCUGAACCCAUCGAGCUAUCAGAGGACCUUUAUCAGAAGACAUCAACACAAUGGUCUCUACAGCAUUAACAACUUCAAGAGAUGGCCGAACGAGGCCUACCGCGUUCAGAAUCAGCGCUACCGGGGAAGAAGAGACAGGACUGAACAUAAGCGGAAGAGACACUAGAUGCCAUAUAACUUGGCAAAGUUUUCCCGAGACGAGAACACAUGGCUGGUGCUUGUGUUGAAAGAGGAAAAGGAUUCCCCAAGAAGAUAAAGCACAAGAGAAAACUCAUCAAAGAAACCAAGAGGAUAACCUGCAGUUUUUUGCGUUUUGAAUGACGAUGGAAUCUUAUGAAGUGCCUUUUAAAAAGAUGUUGAUACAAGACUAUUUUUUUUUAUCAAGGGGCACUGAUUUAUGACAAUGCCAAUGUGGAGAAAACACUUUCAGCUGGUCACUGGAAAAAGCAAAAUAUACACUCAUCAUUUUUGUUGAACGGUGGACAUUUUUUCUAUGUCCUUUGCAAAUAAUCAAAUAAAAUAAUCAUGACUGUCUAAAACCUUUGUACACACUGGUAUUUAAAAUCACCAUAUGUUUUCCUUAUUCAUAGAAAAAAAGCUGUUGUGAAAUAAUAGCGCUUGUGUUAUGUAAAGGAAUUCAUUAUGUUGUUCUGUUUUAAGCUGGACUUCAGUUUAAUGAGCAAGCAUAUUCAUAUGUAUUGAAGUCUUCAGAUGUUUAACUAUGCUUAUUUUUUUUCAAGACAUCUAAUUUCACCGAACAGACAUGGAGACAUCGGUGGCAGUGAUUCAUCCAACAAAGGACUCAUAGUUUAUAUACGUGGAAUAUUAUACCACAUAUGUACAGAACUGUAAACCUUUGUAAUUAAUCAACGGCUAGAGACCUUUUUGUGGUGGCAGCUUUCAAAGUAGCAAAUUACCACCAUUCAUUAGCUCCUCCUGUUAAUGGAUGUCGACAAUGACUUGUACAGACACAUGUUUAUGGAUAUAUUUCUAUACAGAGAAGUUAAAGAAAUCACAUUGAUACUUCUUCAGUGUGAUUUUUUUUGCAAUUUAAUAUGAGAACUUUCUCUCUAAGUACUUACCUACAAACCCUUUAUUCACUGAUGGAUAUCAAUAGCCAUCAACAAUUUUCAAAUGAAAGUAGCUUAUAUUUCCUGCUCAUGUGUGUUCAGUGCAUAACCUACAGUUAGUUGCUGCAGUAUGUUUACAAUAACUGUAAUGUUGUUUAUAAUUACACACUAAAGUGUCUUGCUCUCACCUGUUGCUAUUGUGCUUUAGCCUGUUAUGGUGUUCUAGUUAAUGCUUUUCUUCUGGACUCUGUUAUUGUGGUCAAUUGAAAUCAGCCAUUGAGAGAAUGUAUUUUGUGAAACACUCAAAAAGACUUGAACAUAACGGCUGUUUAGGCACAGAUAAUUUAUUUUCAAGCUGCUUUUGAUCUCCUUACUUGUAAAAUACAGGUAAAAUAUGAUGCUGUCACUAGUCCCAGCCGCGUUCCUCAUAUAUUUGUGUUGUAUGUUUAACAGGAGACCAGCCACAACCACAGCCUGUCUAAAUAGGAUGAAGAUGAAAAGUUACUUUACAAUACAAUGGAGUUUUGUUGUAUUUUUACAUCUUUGAUGUCAGCAGUGGACCAAAGAAUAUAGAGGGCCCCAUCGGCUGCAAAAAUGUUCUGUAAUAUUAUCAAAUUAUUUGUACAUGUGGUUAUGUAUGUCUCCCGCAUUUUCUUAUGGAAAGAUUUGUUAUACUUAUCUGCCUGUGAAUGUCUGUGUGUGUGCCUUAAUGUGCAUAGAAUAUCCUUUUAUAUUUAUAACUGUUUGUUUUUAAUUUUACAAUGUGAAUGUCUGGGAUG